AUGCCUCCGCACGUCCACCCACCAAAUACGGCGCUGCGCGACCCAUCCUCUUUAUUCUACCAGAAAGAGUCCAACAGGAGACUCAUAAUCGCGGCCUACUGGGUUGUGCUCAUUGCCGCGCUUCCAAUCUGGUGGAAAACGACAAGCAUAGAGCGACUUUCACUCCCAUCAUCCCGGGUUAAUUCACAAGCAGCAAAACAACUACGUUUGCCAAUAGAAAUCGCCUUAGAAGACGUCUCUCUUGUUAAACAUCUCCAGCAAGAACUAGAUCAACGCAGAGAGCAAUCACCCUUGGUGUGGAAUGGGUUGGACGUAACUGUGCAAAGUAAGACGGAGAAUGGAUCAUACACUAUUGUUCAUGACGACAAUAGAGUUGUUGCCAGCGAGCGGCGAUUAACAUUUCCGUUGAGAAAAACGACCGUACCUGCCCUCGCGGACACAUUGACUGGUCUCCUGGUUCCGCGCUUAAACUCUCACCGUGUUGCGCACUAUGCUCCCCGGUAUCGUCUUGCAUUCACAUUGCUGAACGAGGAUGCAGCAGCUGGAGACACGAUCAACGGUUGGGAUAUUUCGAAGGCAAUUUCUGACCAUCUCUCGCCCAUCUUCGACGCGUUGUCUGUCCUCCACAAUUUCACCGUGGAAAGCCAAGUCCAGUUCCACGCACCGUUGGCAUUUUCUCCUCGAACUCUUUCUGAAGGUGUCGGCUUGACGCCUGAGGAUCUGACUGUGUUUGUCAACUCUGCGGAAUGGACUCUGUCAUCAAGCGUGUCCAAUGAUCCUGUUUUGCACUUCCUCGUAUUUGUACCUUCAGCCACUCGUCGACCAAUGUACAUCCUCAAUUCGCAAGGAGAACCAACUUCUGCCAACUCUUUCCUCUUGCCUCAAUGGGGCGGAAUUAUCAUUUACAAUCCACCAGCAGAAGACACACUCCAGUCCCCCAUGCGCCCACUCCCCCCAACCGCCCUCAACACCAUAUUUUCCAAAUUUGGCAAGCAGCUUUUGGCCCUUCUGGGUGUCGCGCGCCUGCCAGCAGGAGUCGACAACUCACACACCGGCAUUCUGACAGGCUGGCAACUCGACGCGCUCCUCCGGCGCCGGGCGUUCGAAAACGCUGCCGAGGCCGCAGAAACACUGCAGAGCAUUGUCAAACUCGUCAAUCAAAUCGAAAACAUGCCUGUUGGCCAGGACGUGCGAGGCGAUGUCCAGGAUUCGCUGGACGCACUUGAUCGGAUAUAUGCCUCCCCAAUCAAGUCGCUCAACGCAACUUUGCAACACUCUGCGAAUGCCUUGACGUUGGCUUCGAGAGCAUUCUUCAACCCGGGAAUGCUGGCGCUCUUGUACUUCCCCACAGAACACAAGUUCGCGGUUUAUAUGCCGCUCUUUGCCAGUGCGGUCAUCCCACUUCUUGCAACAGCUGUCCGAGAAAUUGCUGCGUGGAGGCGACAGAGACGGGAGGCGCCCUAG